AUGGGCUCUAUCGACCUCCUCAUCACCAUCGAAAAAUACCCACGAAAGCCCACUAAACUCCUAACUUUCCUUGUCACCAACUGUCUUUCUGCCUACAACAUCAUAUUAGGGCGCACCGCCCUCAAUGCCCUCCAAGCCGUAACCUCCACGUACCAUCUGGCCAUGAAAUUUCCCACUAAUCAGGGAGUCGGCAUAGUCAGGAGAGAACAGACAAUAGCCCGAGAGUGCUAUGUCGCCUCAUUAAAGGAAGUCAAAUUGCAAGAAGCUAUGAUCAUUGAGGGCCUCGAUAUUAGAGACAAUGCAGAGUUAAUAAGAGGGGAACCAGUCGAGGAGCUCGUCAAAGUAUCUAUCGAUCCUGCCAACUUAACAAAAACGACUAAGAUUGGCAGUCAGUUGUCUCCUCAGGCCAAGGCUGAUCUCAUAGUUCUCUUCGCUGAACACAAUGAUGUUUUCACUUGGACUCAUUCCGAGAUGCUAGAACGUAACAGUUUCAUCGCCGCUGAAGUUGACAAAUUGCUGAAGGCAAAGUUCAUCAAAAAUGUGGACUAUCCCAGAUUGUUAUCCAACGUGGUCUUGGUCUGCAAAAAUAACGGCAAAUGGCGAUUCUGUGUCGACUAUUCUGACCUCACCCUACCCCAAAGACAGCUACCCUUUCCUAGGAUAGAUCUGUUGGUCAACGCAACUCCGGGGCACGAAAUGCUUAGCUUCAUGGAUGAUUUCUCCGGUUAUAAUCAAAUCUUGAUGCACGCCUCCGACCAAGAAAACAACUUUUUCAUCACUGACAUCACUACCACGUCGUGCCAUUAG